AUGAUGCUGACAGACGACUUCUACCUCUUCGCAAACGUGAACUUUGUGCCCGACAGAUACGACGAGUGGCAAACCGCCUACGACGCCCUCGCAACCCACGUCUUUGCCGCCGAACCAACAACAAAGACAUACUACUUCGGCAUCCCGCUCGACUACGCGCACGACCUGAGCGCCACGACCUCGAUGCUCGCCUUCGAGGUCUACGGCAAACGAGAAGACCUGUAUGAGACGCAUUUCCACAGCGCGGCGAUGAAGGAGUUCUUGCAGAAGAUUCCGGCCACGAUGACGACGGGGCUGGACUUGAGGCACUAUCGGUGUGUUGGGGGUUUUCUGGAUGGUGCGGGGAGUGAGAUGGGGGAAGGGAAGGAAGGGGGAAUGGGGGAGUGUGGGAUCAUGUGUGACACGAGGAUUGUGUGUAAAGAUGGUGCGGCGAGGGAGGGGGUGAGUGGGAAGUUGAGGAGAUUGGCGGGGGAGGUGGAGAGAUUGGCCGAGGCGGAGGACUCGGGCGUGUUCACGUUCAUGGUCUUUGAUAGCUUGGAUGAUGAAACGGGGGUGAGAAUGUUUGCGAGGUUUAGGUGCAGAGAUGAUAUGGAAAGGCAUCUGAGGAGGAAGGAGGUGCUGGACUUUUGGCUGGGGAGUAAAGAGCAAGUAGCGACUAUGGAGAGUCGGGGGUACCUGCCCAACGAGAAGGGUUGGCUGCAUAGGUGA